GAGCAACCUUCUGUUCGCAUAGUCACGAUGAGGUAACUCGGUUAUUGGCAGACUUAUAGCAACGUGGUAAGUGCUACGUACAUUAUCUCAUUUGGCACGCACCCUCGAUCCUGCGUGGCGGCCGCGUGUUUGUGCGUCUACUGGCCUAUACCUAGCCGUAGCAUUCGUUGGGUUCACGUAGGCUGCCCCGAGUACGAGUCUUGAUAGCUCGACUUGCUACAGUACCGGCGACAGUCGAACAACAUCGGCGCCACGGCUGAUCCAGCUCACGUUCGACGCCAAGCCAACUUUGCUUCUCGUUCUCUGUCUAUGCCACAGCUCUCCUCCAACCGCGCACCCCCGGAGAUAUGGCAAGAAAUCAUAUCUCAUCUCCCGAGGGCCAGCAUACGCACCUGUCGCCUAGUCUCGCAGGCAUUCAACGGCCUCUCGAUGGGCAUGGCCCUAUCCUGCAUUACCAUAUCAUUGGGGAUCUAUGACCCUACAGGAGCACUGAACGCUGACGGGCUCGACUGGAAUCCGCGUGCAGACGUAUUGGAAGUGCAAGCUUACAGAACCUCCGCUGUUCUCGAUCGCAUCACGUCCGAACCGUCUUUCGCCAGAGGCGUCAAAAGGCUGCAUGUCUACGUCUUCGACGAGGGCCUCGCGAGUACUCACUGGAUACACCGUCUCGUUGCGGCAAUACGCUCGCUCAGCCAAUUGCGCUGCUUGGUGUGGAUCGGCGGCGACGCCAUUCUUCCUCGUUCACAGGUCAUUGACGCACUCCAGACUUGCUGGCCGCUGCUCGGUGAAUUAUCAAUUCCAAUUAGUGCGCUGAGCAUACUACCAUGGCCCAUUAUCGCGCGUCUCCAUUCCAUAACAGCCGAGUCGCUGUCCCAAUACUCAUCGCUCUACCUUGAGAGUGUCACACACACGCUCCGCGCUACACUCUUCCGUACGGGAAGGCCUUUGAAUAUCCACACUCUACGGCCCGGGCUCUUCUGCAACGCUCCCGCGGAGUUCCCCCUACCAUGUGUGCCUCGUCUUAGGCAUCUGGACAUCACGCUCACGGAAUCCUGCAGAGGCCUAGGCAAUCUUCUUCGUGGAAUCCCGGAGCUGGAGUCGCUCUCCGUUGCGGUCAGCCGCGAGGCUGCUCUGAGGCGGAAUUUGACCCGACUCCUCGUUGAGUUGUCGUCGGCAAUACGCGACUUACCUCAAUUAACCGCUCUGGGGAUCCAUGUGCACCGGCAUAUGGUGCAUCAGGGGCACAGCAAUGAUGGUCCUCUGAGCACAACUGAAGUUGCGAGGCUCUGUGACGCCCUCCGGUGUUGCUCGCGGUUACACCGCCUAUACUUCAACCUCCGGAUCACGUCUGAACAUCUGCCUACAUAUCUCUCCGCCAUCGCCCAACUCAGGUGCCUCGACACCCUUCACCUCGCGUUAGAAGGUCAGAGGCUCGAUGCCGCGUUCUUUGCACUCCUAAGGCGCCACCUGCCUGGCAGCACACACAGCAGGCUCGUCGCACUCUCUCUCAGCACGACGGGGACCCUGACGGUCCGAGUCAAAUCAACAUUCAGGACCGUGACGUUCCACAAGCACUUCAAAUGCCUUCGCUUCAUCCAGAUAGAGGUCGAUGUCACGCGUAGGAGAGGGCGAGACGCUGUUGUACGCGACAUGAUCCGCGACGCGAAGAACCUCGAAGCGGUGGGCUACAACGGCAACUUCUACGACGUGAGGCGGAAUCGGAAAGGCGUCUCUGUUGCUCAGGGUCCUUGGUCUGCACGAAAGGUCAGGUUUGGUGGCAUUGAGGACUGCGCAGAUGAGGGUUGUGACUGGUUGAUGCGACAUUUAGCCUUCGUGUGAGGUCAUCUUCAUAUGGUGCUUUGUCGAGUCGGACCGCAGACAUGUACGGCCGAGUUGCAGACACAUAGAAUACGAGCGCAGCGCGCAGUGACUCAAGACAGCUGGACCUCUUGGUACCAAGAAAUCAUAUACAGGACUCGCAUGCCGAGUC